GACUGCCAUACGCUGCCCUGUGCCCGCAGAGCGCCUCUCGGAGAGAAAGAGACAACAGCGACGAGCUGGUCGUGGGGUAAGUAGCUUGGCGGAAGCGCGCCGUGGUGGCUGGUGGGAACCCCGGUACCUCCCAUGGCGGCAGAAGCGGCGGCUUCUUCGGGUGCCGAUCACGGAGCCGGUCACGGUCAUGGUGGCGGCGGCGGAGGCGGGCACGGAGGGGACGGUGGCUACGAGACCCCGAACGCGGGGUACCUGUGGCUGGGCCUGUGCUUCCUGGGCAUCAUGUGCUCGUUCAUCGUGUACGGGAUCGUGAUGGAGUACGCCACGAGCGGCGGCCGAGAGCUGCACGAGCUGUCGAUGAUCUUCCUUACGUCCCUGAUGUACAGCGUCACCGCUUGGUACGGCCGCCGCAUGAACGGAGAGGAGCCGACAACUAUCCCGAGGACCCAGAUGCUGGUGCUGGGGAUGACCUCCAUGGGUUCCACCUUUACAUCCGUCCGGUCGCUGCGAUACGUCAUCUAUCCCGUACAGGUACUCGGCAAGAGCUGCAAACCCAUCCCCGUGAUGCUCAUGGGCGCCUUCCUGGGAAAGAAAUACCCGCUCAAGAAGUACCUCAACGUCGCGCUGAUCGUGGCGGGUGUCGCCCUCUUUAUGCAGUCGGGGUCGGGAGCGGGGAAGCCGGGGGGGAGCAGCGGAGGGCAGCUGUUCGGGUUGACGCUGUUGUUCAUGUCCCUUUGCUUCGACGGUGGCACCGGCGCAUACGAGGACAAGCUCAUGAACAAGCACCACGUCGGCCCGUUCGACCUCAUGUUCAACAUUCAGUUCGCCAAGAUGCUGCUUGCAGGCCUGGGGCUCGUGGUCACGGGCCAGAUCACGGGGUUCUUCAACAUGGUACACUCUACGGGACCGGUGCUGCUGUUGCUGGGUCUGUCCGGGGCGAUGGGGCAGGUCUUCAUCUUCGUCACGAUUUCCAAGUUCGGGGCGCUCACGUGCUCCAUCAUCGGAUUGGCGCGGAAAAUCGUGACCUUGUUGGCGUCUAUUUUGAUCUACGGCCACAAGGUAAACUUGAUGCAGUUCGUCGGGCUGGCCAUCGCCGUCGGCGCGAUGGUUUUCAACUUCCUCGACAAGGGGAAGAAGAAGGGAGGAGGGGGGCACGGGCAUGGUGGAAGGUCACAUCCUUCCGAGGACACGGAGGCCUCUAAGCCGGUGGAACUGCAGUCCUUGCUAGAGCACGAGGACGAGGGGGCCUCCGACGAGGAGGAAGGGGGUACUACUGCUACUACCACUACCGCGAGCACCGGCGCGAAGCCCCCGGAGCCAGCCUCGAGGACGGCGAAGGCGGCAACGGCGGCGCCGCCAAGGCGUGUGAUCGUCACGCAGGGUGCCGCGUCGAAGAGUAACGUGGUGACCGCGUCCGUUUGAGGUGGUGGCCGGCCGGCCGGUCCCUACGAAGGAAAUCGCUGCCUGGCUUUUGGGGGCACUGCUCGGUCGGACCGUCCGUCUUGGGAGGGGGAGCUGCAAUUGGAGUUCCAUGUGAUAUAAGGCGUGCAACAAGUGUAGGGCCAGGGAUCAAGGCGGUUUCAUGUUGUGGAGUGGUGGGUGCGGUUGAGAGCGUGUGGCUGUGUUACGAUGAUCCAAUCGCAGGGUUUGUUUUUGGGCUUGGAUUAAGGCUUGUCGGGGCUGUGUGGUGUUCAUGAAUAGCAGGUGUACGGGGAAAGUAUUCCGGGUUCUGGGCGUUGUUUUGGAUGUUCUCAUAUGUAAUUUAUAUACGCACGCCGAGAAUAAGCAAACUCUUGUGU